CGCCAUUUUGGUGCCGGGGAGCGGCGGCGGCGGCGGCGCCGGGCAAGGGCCCAGUGGCUCCCAGUUCAUCCCAGUUCCAUCCUCGUUUUCCCAGUUUGCCAUAAAAUUUUCCAGUCGUUCCUCCCAGUUCCUCCCAGUUUGAGCAGUCGCUGCCCUCACAGGUGCAGGCACCAUGGAGUACGAGCGCAGGGGUGGCCGUGGGGACCGCACGGGGCGUUAUGGGGGCGCCCCUCCCCCCUCCGAGGACGGCUCCCGCACCCAGCGGGAUCACGACUAUCGCGACAUGGACUACCGGGGCUACGGGGGACCCCCCGAGGGACCCCCCAAUGCCGGGACCCCCCCUCAGGGCUCCUACGAGAGCUCGGAGCCGCCCCGGAAGCGGGAUCCGCCCCGGGAUCCGCCCCGGGAGCCCCCGGCGCUGCCGUUCGGCGCCGACGGCGAUUACCGGGACCAGGAUUACCGGGAGGGCGCCGAGGAGGAGCCGCGCGCCAGCACCAUCGUCAUGCUGCGCAUGCUGCCCCAGGCGGCCACCGAGAAUGACAUCCGGGCACAGCUGCAGGCGCAGGGGGUGCAGCCCCGUGAGGUGCGGCUGAUGCGCAACAAAUCCUCAGGUCAGAGCCGUGGAUUCGCCUUCGUGGAAUUCCAUCACGUGCAGGAGGCGGCCAGGUGGAUGGAGGCCAACCAGGCCGGGCUGACCCUGCUGGGGCACCGCGUGUCCCUGCACUACAGCGACCCCAAACCCAAAAUCAACGAGGACUGGCUCUGUGCCAAGGUGGGUGGCACUGGGGUGGCACUGGGGGGGAGGUUGUGA